AGCUUUUCGGAGGAAUUUAGAAGAGAUGAAAUAUCAGCAAUAAGUUUUGGGCUGGUUGAUGAAAGAGAAGUUAUUGUUGUUACUUUAAAUCUACCAGAAGGGUCAUCAUUGCAUUUUUCUUUACCAUCUGUAUUUGAGGGUUUUCCUGUAAUUAUCGACUAUGGAACAGUCAUACCAUUUUACCGAUCUUACCAUGAAAAACUUAUGCCUGGUAUUAGUAUUGGGCGUUUAAAAAAUCCACCAAAUGCAUAUCAGAAAAAAUCAAAGUUAGAUCAGAAAAAAUCAAAGCCUGAAGAGGUUUUUAUUCUUACCACAAAACAUGGAGUUGGAAAAAAAG